AACCCAAAACAAAGAGAACAUUACUUUCCCGUGAAAUUCUAUUUGGUUUUCGCCAAUUAUGGCUGGAAGAAGAAGAAGAAGAAAGAUGAAGCUGUCUGAAACAAUAAGAGGCAACAGACAAGUUUCAAAGGGGCAGAGAGAUGUGCAACUAACACAAUCGCAGCUCCCAACGAAGAUUUUGGAAGUUAUUUUUUCUAAGUUAAGCUUGAGGGACAAUAUUCGUGCUUCUGCUGUUUGCAGAGAAUGGCUAACUAUUGCUGUUUCUGUCAGAAUGGCCAAUAAGCGCAAAACAUAUUGGCUUGAGUUGCCAGAGCUAGAUGGUUCUAGGAUUUGCUGUGCCAAGGAUGGUUGGUUGUUGCUAUACAAACCUAGAACGCAGUCCAUAUUUUUCUGUUGCCCUUACACGCGGGAAUUUAUCAAUUUGCCUAAGCUAGAAUUAAUCCAUCAGAUAGUUACUUUCUCUGCCGCUCCAACAUCUCCUAGCUGUAUCCUUUUCACAAUUAAGCAUGUCAGCCCCACCAUUGUCGCGGUUAGCACUUGUCGUCCUGGGAAAACUGAAUGGACCACUGUGAACUGCCAAAACCGUCUACCAUUUAUUAGCAGCAUUUGGAAUAAGAUAGUUUACUGCCAGGGUCUUUUCUACUGUUUGAGUCUAACUGGCUGGCUUGGGGUUUAUGACCCUGAAAAAAGCACUUGGGCCGUUCAUACUGUGCCACCUCCUAAAUUCCUAGAGAAUUUAUCUGUCAAGAAUUGGUGGAAAGGCAAAUUUAUGGCAGAGCAUAAUGGAGAUGUUUUUGUCAUAUACACUUCCGCUGCAAUAAACCCAAUGAUAUAUAAGUUGGACCAGACAAAUAAAGUAUGGGUUGAGAUGCAAACUUUGGGAGGCAUGGCACUAUUUGCUAACUUUUUGUCUUCCCAUGCUAGGAGAGAUCUUCUUGGAACAAUGACAAACAAUGUCUACUUUUCAAAGGUUCGAUUUUAUGGAAAACGGUGUGUUUCAUAUUCACUCAACAAUGGGAGGUACUAUCCACGGAAGCAACGUUAUGAUUGGGGGGAACAAGAUCCUUUUGAGAGUGUUUGGAUCGAACUACCUGAAGACCUCUCAACAUUUCUUUAA